AUAAAAAAGUGGGCGGUAUCGCUUUAAGUAGCUACGCGCGGCUCGCUGAGUAUCUGUCGACCUCUUUUUUUGGCAUAGUAACUGUUUACCUGAGAAGACCUUUUUCAAAACCAGAAACAUGUUCUUGCUCUUGCUGUGCGUUUUUCUUUCGUGUCUGCCAUUUUAUUUAUCAGCCCAGACUGAUAGACAAAACGAAAGACCCAUAAUAGGUGUACUGGCACAGGACGUUUAUUUACCCCAGCCUAACGAAACAGCUUACAUAGCUGCCUCCUAUGUGAAGUUCCUGGAGUCAGCAGGAGCGAGAGUUGUACCUGUCAUGAUAAACCAGACACUGGAGGAGUAUAAGACACUGUUCAACUCAAUCAAUGGGAUCCUUUACCCAGGCGGCGGUGUCAGCAUCAUCUCAUCUGGCUAUGAAAGGGCUGCUAAAAUCUUUUAUGAGCUCGCUAUUGAGGCAAACAAGCGUGGCGACUAUUUUCCUGUGUGGGGUACCUGUCUCGGGUUUGAACAGCUGAUGUAUUUAACAAGCAAAAAGACUAUACUGGCAUAUACCAAUACGAGCGGCGUGGCAUUGCCUCUGAACUUCACUAAUGCUGAAGACAGCAGGAUGUUUAAAGGCUUCCCUGCUCAGCUCAUGAAAGAUCUAGCCUCUGAGCCACUAACAGUUAACUCUCACAAAUGGAGCUUGGGAAUGUUGACUUACAAUACAAAUGAGGAACUGAAGAAGUUUUACAAAGUUCUCUCUGUAAACACAGAUGGAAAUGUAGAGUUUGUGUCAACAGUGGAAGCAUAUGACUAUCCUAUUUACGGGACACAGUGGCAUCCAGAGAAAAAUGCUUUUGAAUGGACACGGCCUUCUAUUCCCCAUUCCCCAUCGGCAGUCAAGACCACCUUCUAUAUGGCCGAAUUCUUUGUCAAUGAGGCCAGGAAGAACUUUCACAAAUUUGAAACUGAGGAGGGGGAGAGCAAAGCGCUGAUAUACAACUACAAUCCUGUUUACACUGGGACUAAAAGUGCCUUUGAGCAAACAUAUUUCUUCUGAUGAAUUUUAAUUUAAGUGCCACUCCUAUUCAGCAGCUAAUUGGCUGCUUCAAUCAUGACUUGAAAAUAUUUACACAUAAUUUAACUUGUUUGAUUUUAUAUUUGUGGUUCUGUGCAUCUGUGUAAACUACAGCUGAACUUGAAAUGGAAAGAUUUAUGCAGGCAACAUAAAUAUUGAUAUAGUGCAGGAUUUAAAUGGAUGUUGUGCUUUGUGGAUACUGUAGCUGGGUUUACAGUUGUGUUGCUGUAUUUUAUUUCAACACUGUCGGGCUCAGGGCUCAGUUCCCCUCAAAAUAGUGAAGAGUUAGCUCGUGAGUUGAGCAUAUAGAAAGUACUUAGAUGUGAUCUAAUAUGAUAGCCUCUGAUUAAAAACUGUAAAUUAUUUGACAGGUUAACCUAGCUUCUAGGUUGGAGCUGAAGUGCCUCAAGGAUGUGUUUUAUCUAAUGAUCAGCAGGUGGCCAAAAGAAAUCAGAUUGUAUAAAUGUUUCUUGUAAAUUAGAACAAACAAUAAAGCAGGACAUGCUUUAGGGGGUGGCUACCUUCUGUUGAAUACCUCCUCAAUA